AUGGCCUGCUCGGAGUCGUUCCCGGACAAUCGCGCUGGUGUGGUCGGGUAUGCCAAGGCAGUAUUGGCCACCUCUGGCGGGCUUUGGGCUCUUCUUUGGGUCCACGUCUUCAGCAAGCCCAGGGGUCCAGGUCUGCCCAGCUACCUCGCUUUCAUGGCAAUGUGUUCUUUCGGCAUUUGCCUCUGCGCACUGCCGGGAACGAAGGUGUUGCCGCGGGGGGAGCCGCGUCGGCGUUUUGACUUCCGAGACCUGGGCCGCCUCUGCACCCUGAUUGCCAUGCUCGCCAUGCUGUCUGUCUACGACGUGAUGGUCAGCUUCUUCUUCUCGGAAGGCAGCCUCCAGCCCUCCGCCACGCUGGGCUAUGUGGCAAUGGCUCUUCAGAUGGCCCCCUUGGCCAUCUU